CCCUGGCCGUCUGGCUGUGGUCGCUGAUGCAGCAGCUGCCCAUGAGGUACUGCCCCUGCCGCUCGAAAACAAGAGCAGGGGAGAUCCUGAAGUACAGCAACUCGACCAGCGGAACACAGUCACGACAGCGUCCAACACAAGAUCCUACUGGCUGACUUACGUAAGGAGAGAGAAGGCAAAACGCCAACAGUCUCAGCAGGUGUCCCGUCGAUCGGCUGACGCAAACAUUCCCUGUCGACCACCCCACUGCCACGGUAGCACCGCCUCCAGGAGCUCAAAAGGGGAUGCUGGCAUGGCCUGGAGCUGGUCGACAGCAAAUGUUGGCAGAGACAAAUCAACCACACUCCAGGAUGGGACAGGCAAGGACGCACGAGAAUUGACUCUCCGAGAAAAAGGGCAGUCAGCCGCCCGCUUUUCACCGCAUCGACGAUGGAACAAAAAGCAAAAGAGGGAGGCCUCUCUGUCGCCAUGUGCUGCUCUCAUCCACACAUGGACACGAAUCCAUGCACACUCGUGUCGUGAGCAAAACAGAUGGAUCGACGGACGGACGGCCAAUCGCAUCGCAUCGCCGCCCCACAGCCUCUUCUCUCGGCCCUCUGCUCUCUUCCUACAGAGCGAGCAAACCGCUAAUUCGCACUCGAUGGCCCUCGGUGCUCUCAGUGGAUGUAUCCGUCACAGCACUUAAAAACUCAAAAGCCAUCCCCACACGGCACACACGGCACGCAGAAGGGGUGUCGGGCCAUCCACGCAGACACACGCACGCUCAGAGAGAGAGAGAGAGAGCAGCAGCAGCAAAACCGCAUGCAGCAUGCAGCAACCGACUCUACUGGUGGGCGGGGAGGGAGGGGGUGUUGCGGAGGGAGAAAUCCCUCCAUCACGCCUUGUUAAGCCACUUGGGGAAGAGGGCGAUGGCCGAGGGGUUCUCCUUCUUGCGGCCCGUGUACAGAUCCAGCUUCGCCUUCAACUCGGGGAUCUUCGACGGACCUGCACACCACACAACCACACAACACACAACACACACAAGAUACCAACUGCAGCAGGCAGAUCUAUGCGCGGCCAGGUCCCUGUGUCACUCACUGACCGCAAGGGAAUUCCUCGACUCUUCCCGCCGCCCCGGCGUACAUCUGCACGUAAGGCAGCGCCCUCACGCCCAGCUCCUUCUGCACGUACUCCCUGUUGUCGUCGAAGUCCAUGACGGCGAAGAGGGCAGGCUUGGCCUGCUUGUCGGCGCUGCCGUCCUCCUCGUCAGACCCGCCCUGGGUGUACUGGUCAGCUACCUGAGGACCACACCAUCACACACACACACACACAUAGGUGGACGCCUCGGGGUGUGUGUGUGUGCGUGACUCACUGACCUCUUUAAAUAAGACGUCCUGCUUCGCACACGAGUGGCACCACUUGGCUUGGACGCACAGGACAACCACCUUGUUGUUGUGCCUGGUGAGACACACACACACACACAUCAGAGAGACAACAAGACAUCGAGCUAUCCAUGCGGCUGCCAGCCCGCCAACAGAUGCGUCCUCGCCCCCGCUCUGCCGCGCCCUCACUCACUCUUGCAGGAAGUCCUCAAGCUCAUCACCGCUACGCAGGCGAAAAAUCCUGUUGUCACUGUCGCCAACCGGCACUGGCGUCACGGGACUCUGAAGAGCUGAGAGUGUCGUCGCGCCCCUACUGGACCGCUCCCGCAGCCUCGCUAGUGGGGUGGCAGACGACAGGAAGGCUGCUGGUGGUGAGCCGGAUCUGCUGCUGCUGUCGAGGACGAGAGAGUGAGUGGACGGGCAGCAGCAUGUGGCGACGAGCACGACGAGGCAAAGGUGGUGUCUGCGGGAUGGGAGGAGGCGUGACGCCUUCCUCCUUGUGUCUGGCGCUGCUGUGUGGUGCGGGGAAGGGCGGCGGACAAGCAUCGGAGGUGCCGAGCGGGAAGACGCCGCGUCCAUUGGGAAGAUGCGGAGAGAGAGAGUAAUCAGCGAUGCCCAGGACACCUCAGCAAUGCCUGCCCGGCGGAAUUGCGCCUCAC